UCCAAUUAGACAUUUCAACUCGGAGACCACCACGCAACUAGCCAAGAUGAAUAUCGAGCGGGAGUACUCGGUGGUUGGCAGUUGGGAGGACACAAACGUGACAUUGGCUGUUCUGGAAGCAUAUAUACCUCGAUUUUUUACCAAAGCCCGACAGGUCUACUAUAAUAAAACCGAAAAGUUCACUAUAAACAAUGUGUCGCAUGACACACAUCUGGACGAGGAUGUGGAAGCAUAUCUGCGGGCCAGUUUCAGCUUCGAGAUAGAGCUGUAUCAGUUCAUCAAGCAGCGACUCUACAAGCAGUAUAUUGCCGUCCACAAGGACGAAUUUUCACCCUAAUGUUCUAAUUAAAAUUGUACCAAAAAUAUACAGGAAAUACAACAACUGAUCUUACACUAUAAA